AUGAGACCUCUCUCUCUCUCUCUCUCAUUCAUUCUCUCUCUCUCUAUCUCUCUAUCAUUCAUUCCCUUCCCUCCCUCUCUAUCAUUCAUUCCCUUCCCUCCCUCUCUCUAUCAUUCAUUCCCUUCCCCUCCCUCUCUCUAUCAUUCAUUCCCUUCCCCUCCCUCUCUCUAUCAUUCAUUCCCUUCCCCUCCCUCUCUCUAUCAUUCAUUCCUUUCCCCUCCCUCUAUCAUUCAUCAUUCAUUCCUUCCCCUCCCUCUCUCUAUCAUUCAUUCCCUUCCCUCCCUCUCUCUAUCAUUCAUUCCUUCCUCCUCUCUCUAUCAUUCAUUCCCUUCCCUCCCUCUCUCUAUCAUUCAUUCCCUUCCUCCCUCCCUCUAUCAUUCAUUCCCUUCCUCCUCCUCUAUCAUUCAUUCUCUCUCUCUCUCUCUCAUUUACAUUUUACUCUCUUUACUUUUUUUCCUUUCACACCAAAAUCUGCUCUGUGUAGUUGUGGUAUAA